GGCGCCCGCAGCAGCAGCAACGACGGCGACGGCGCCGGCUGGCUCGCUGGGGAAGAUGGCGGCGGCGGCGGGGGCGGCGGCUGCUCCGGCGCCCGUGAACCUGCGCCUGGGGGACCUGGUGUGGGGGAAGCUGGGCAGAUACCCUCCUUGGCCAGGAAAGAUCGUUAAUCCACCUAAAGACCUGAAGAAGCCUCGUGGGAAGAAGUGCUUCUUUGUCAAGUUUUUUGGGACUGAAGAUCAUGCUUGGAUUAAAGUGGAGCAGCUAAAACCUUACCAUGCCCACAAAGAGGAUAUGAUCAAAAUUAAUAAAGGCAAGAGGUUCCAGCAAGCCGUGGAUGCUGUGGAAGAAUUCCUCAAGAAAGCCAAAGGCAAGGAUCAGGCAUCUCACAAUUCCACAGAAGAGAAGAACCGCCAAAACUCCAGUGAAGAAAGGGGCAAGUCAGCGGGAGAAGAGAAACGCAAAGCUGGGCUGUCAGAAGGGAAGCCAAAAAAGAGAGUCUCUUCAGUCUCCUCAGAGCGAGGCUCAAAGUCCCCACUGAAGAGAACGUACGAGCAGAGCCCCCGGAAGCGAGGGCGUCCCCCCAAAGAUGAGAAGGACCUGACAAUCCCAGAAUCAAGCACAGUGAAGAGAAUGAUGACAGGGACCGUGGCAGGCUUUAAAUGGCCCCCCAGUGUAAGCGAGCCUGUGAAGGAGGGUGACCCGCAUUUCCAUCACUUCCUGCUUAGCCAGACAGAAAAGCCAGCUGUUUGCUAUCAAGCCAUCUCAAAGAAGCUGAAGGUGUGUGAAGAGGAGACCGGAUCCACAUCCAUACAAGCAGCAGACAGCACAGCUAUCAACGGCAGCAUCACACCUACAGAUAAGAAGUUGGAUAAGGAAUUUGACCCAUUAGCGGAGGCUUUCCCUGACCCCCAGCCUGGAGUGGCCACUAACAGGAUAGGCUUCCUUGGCCUUGGCUUGAUGGGUAGUGGCAUUGUCUCCAACUUGCUGAAAAUGGGGCACACUGUUACUGUCUGGAACCGGACUGCAGAGAAGUGUGAUUUGUUCAUCCAGGAGGGGGCACGGUUGGGAAGAACCCCCGCUGAAGUAGUUUCGACCUGUGACAUCACUUUCGCCUGCGUCUCUGAUCCCAAGGCAGCCAAGGAUCUGGUGCUUGGUCCUAGUGGAGUACUCCAGGGGAUACGUCCCGGGAAAUGCUAUGUGGACAUGUCCACCGUGGAUGCAGACACUGUUACGGAGCUGGCCCAGGUGAUUGUAUCCAGAGGUGGUCGCUUCCUGGAAGCACCUGUUUCAGGGAAUCAACAGUUAUCUAAUGAUGGAAUGCUGGUGAUCUUAGCUGCUGGGGAUAGGGGCUUGUAUGAAGACUGUAGUAGUUGUUUCCAGGCCAUGGGGAAGACCUCAUUUUUCCUAGGGGAAGUGGGCAAUGCCGCCAAGAUGAUGCUCAUUGUAAACAUGGUCCAAGGGAGCUUCAUGGCUACAAUAGCAGAAGGACUGACUUUGGCCCAAGUGACUGGUCAGUCCCAGCAGACCCUUCUGGAUAUCCUGAACCAAGGACAGCUCGCUAGCAUCUUCUUGGACCAGAAGUGCCAAAACAUCCUUCAAGGAAACUUUAAACCUGAUUUCUACCUGAAAUACAUCCAGAAGGAUCUGAGAUUAGCCAUUGCACUAGGUGACUCCGUCAACCACCCAACUCCCAUGGCAGCUGCUGCCAAUGAGGUCUACAAAAGGGCAAAAGCAUUGGACCAAUCAGACAACGACAUGUCCGCCGUGUACAGGGCCUACAUCCACUAGGGCUACCCCAUUCUUAUUGUUAAUACCAUGAUUAUUAAUUAUGAUGAUGAAUACUGGGUUUUUAACUCUGGACCAGUCCAUCUCUGUCUGUCUCUCUCUCCCCCGUUCCCUGCAUUUUCUUCUUUUUUUAAAAAUACAAAAAACUUUUUGGCAUCUGCCACAAGAGCAGGUGCCACAGCCAGCCUUCCCAUGCCAGCAGAAGCAAGAAUCGGAGGUGAGGGGGCUGCGGUCAUUGCCAUCUUGACAGCGAAUCUGUUACCCCAUGCUGACAGUCACAGAAUGGAAUUGGCGACAGGAAGCAGUGCUCUUGUAGGAGUAACUGCUGCUUGGCUUCUUUUGCUAUUCGUUUGUAUGAGUGUCCUGAGAUUUUUGUUUCUUUAACUGCUGUUUCUCUCCCCCCCACCACUUUUUUUUUUUUUGCUGUGGUUAAUGUGUAUGCUGGCCUCUCAUGUGCUAGGGGAUGGUUGAGCAGCAGAGAUCCCACUUGCUUGUGAACAUCAAAAUGGGAUGGAAACCUGGCUCCUGUGUGGUUAUUUCUUCCUUGGAGGAUUGGAUGAGUCAAGAGGUCAAUGGCAGAGUAAUGUGGGACUGUUCUUCACCCAUGCCCCCUUCAACAUCACAAGAACAGCAGAUCUUCCUCUUCCCAAUCCAGCACAGCUUGGUUUUUAUAGAGAACACAGUCCCUAGUGCAUGGCAGCAGACCUUGGGUACCUAGAAUGCAUUUACUGAUACCAGUUCCCAAAAAAGUUGAUAUGCUCCAAAGAACAUUUGUAAAACUGUUUGGUUUUUUAAAAAUAAUUGAAGCAAUGAAAGUUUGUGUGUGCGUAUUAGAUGACUGAAGGAGUAAACUCUAAUAUCCUCCUGAGACCCGUGCAGACUCCCUGCAUGUUUGUGGCUGUUGGUGUUUGCGACAGAAUUCUUGUAGCAAAAGUCGCAGGGCAAGAAGGUGUGGUCUGAAGCUUGGCUUCAGGAAGCUCUGGGAUCGAGUGGGAAUAUUGGUUGCCAAGUUUUUCCGUUGCUGAAAUUGGAAGUGAUAUGCCUUCAGCAACCACUGACUCCUGAGUAAUCCAAGGGCAGAAACUGCAACCUCUGAAUUGGCAUGGCAGUCUUUUGGGUGAAGUUGUAAACUCUCCCAUCGGCAGACUUGACCUAGUUGUGAAGUUUGAUCUAACAAAGUAAAUGCUGAGCAGUUUCCGUUGAUGAAGUUCAAGCCUUUAAGGUCUGUUAGCUUAUAAGUCCUAUAGAAAAAAUAAACCAAGAGCCCAAAGAAUUUGGAUGAAUAGUUUUCUCAUGUUAGGUGGGAGCAAACUUUUCAUCCAAAGAGAACUUGGUUGCCUUGGCUGCUCCACUAGGAGGUGUCACUGUGUACCAUAAUGAGUGCCCUUUAACUCUCAAAAGGAAAUAAGGUGUUUGUAUGCAGCGUAGACGAAACUCUUUCAAACUCUGAGAUCUUUUUAAAAACCAUCCUGUCAGUAUUAGUCUUUGAAAGAGAGCCCUGAGCUGCACCUUGGGACGUGUGCGUGGCAGCAGGGUUGGAAUCUCACUGGCCCGUUCUCACUUGACAUUCGCUUGCUGGAUGUCACAUUUCUCCAGGCUCCUGUGCGUCCCAUUGUGUGUUAGCCCUGUCUGUGCUGUGAUCUUGUCACCUUGAUUUUGCAGUGGGGGGGGGGGGGUCCAUGCCAGUUGUAUCCUCCAUGUGUUGGGCUGCAUGCAGGGUGCUGUGCUUACGUGGGAAGGCGCAUGCAAGCGUAUGUCAGACAGGGCUAGGGGCAGCUCUGGUGCCCCAGGGUGAGAGUAGAGUAUACAUUCCCCAGGAGCAGCACCAGGUUGAUGUUGCUUGUUUUUGGUGUUCCAGGGUGGAGGUGCUGGCGAGCCCCAGGCAUCAUGGCAUUGGCGCACCCAGUCGCGCAGAAACCUCCUUGUUCUCUGGGCUGGUUUAAAAUAAUUUUUCCUCAGAUAGCCAUGCCUCUGGAUAAGGAAAGAAACAAACAAGGAUCCAGCCCUGUGGGCUCUUGUCUGUUUUGUAAGCUGAAAACAAACCAGAGAUUUAAUCUCAUUGUGGGGGUGUAACAUAGCUGCAAAAGUAUAAGCUAUCCUGUGCAGGGACCUUACCAGGACAGCUCUGGAGCAGAUGAACGUUGUGUUAGUGAUCCAUUGAAGUCCUAAUGCAGGCGGGCUGGUGAACCAAUAGUGAGCAAACCUAGACAACGGCUGAGUGGAUUUAUUUUUUCUGAAGAAAAUGAACAAGGAACUUGUCGCUUUUGGGGGCAAGAAGAAGAACAGCUUCAUGGACAGGUUGUUUCCUGCAAGGCUGUACAAUUACUGAUCAGCAGGGAGGGAGGACAGCUCGGGCCCUGAGAGGGCGUCCUGUUGUUGAAUGCUGGACUGCCUCAGAAUGGUUGCUAGGCUCACCUUUUGCCACAGAGCCCCAUGGCACCGGAAGGAGCAGCAGGUAUGCGGUGGCAUCAAAUCCUGUGGGCUUAUGGAACGGUAGAACUGUUAGUCUUCCAGGUGCCACACAGAAGGUCUGGUUUUUAUGCCAUUUCAAAUGUUCUAAUCCAGGAGCCAGUUGUGUUCAAGAUCCUUAGGCUGGGUCUCUUCAAAGUCCACUAGAUAAUUUGGGGUGGAGGGGAGAGGGUAAGUUAGGAUUGCAAGAAAAUAUGAUGGAACUGGCUUUAGUUGUUGUCUUAAUAUUGUUGACAAUAUUGUAAAGUUCCUUUUUAAUGAGGAUUUCUGUUUUAGCAAAUGCUUAUUUUUUGUUCCCUCCUUUUUAAAAUAAAAAAAUGUGACACUUGUGAAAAGCUUGUAAGAAAAAAAGCAGUUUUCUUUUAAUUCCCCCCUUCCCUGUUCAAUCACAGAUCUAUAGGUAAUUAAGGUUGUGAAUUUUUUUAAUGUUUUGCCUUGUUUUUAAUUAACAUUUGUCAUUCAAAAUAGGAUGUGUGGUGAUGAUUAAAUGGCAAAACCUGACAAAAUGAUUUUUUUUCUUGUGCAAUUAACAAAGCUACUGGCUUAAAGGAAAUAAAACCUUUCUUGGUAACACAA